AUGGCAUCGCCCUCCUCCCCCACCGACGACCACCGCCGCGAAGUCAUUGUCAAGAUAGAUGGCGGCCCUGAUCAUGCCCGCGACGCUGGACAUGGUGGCACCAACAACCAGGUUUGGAGGGAGCCCAGCAUCGAAUUCUGGAAAGACAACGACUCGGCUUCCCCCGGAGGACUCGAUUACCGCCACCAUCCUACCAAUGCCAAUGAUAUGGACGUCGUCGUCCAGGAUCCGCUGUCAAAGCUAAUUGGGCAGUUUUUGAAUAAACAAAGAGCUGCCGGUGCAGAGUUGUCAUUGGAUGUGGACCUGGAGGUGGAUGAGCUUCAUCGAGAUCAGCAAGAUGGCCGUAGCAGCUGCACCAGCAUCAACGAUAAUCGUAGGAACCCCAACCCUCCAAAUUUUCCCCCUUUGAGCGGAGAUUACCAAACCCGCAAUGCUGAUCACAAUGAUGAUUAUGAGCUAAAAGUUUCCUACCAGCAGGCUCCUGCAGCAAUGUCGAAUCGUAGUACUCCUACGCAUAAAGUGAUUGAUAUCGCACCCGAUGAGAGACGACGUCAAUUUAGCAAGGAGAUUGAGUCAUCCUCAGAUGAUGAUGAUCAUGACGAGGAGUUGGAGGAGGAGGAAAAUAAUGAGAAGGUGCAUCCCCUGCAAGAGUUUCAUAGGAGAUCGAACACGGAUGCCAAUAACAGCAAUGAUGGUCAUAAUGGCGUUGAUGAUGUUCAGGUGCUGAGGUGCACGUCAAUACAGAGGAGAACCGGUGUGUUAGGGAGGAUGAAAACUAAGUCUAGGUUAAUAGACCCGUCCCCUGAGAGGCCCGAGAGAAGGUCAGGGAUGAUUGGGAAGCCAUCCGGCCCUAUUAGGGUUUCCGGGAUGUUAGGGAGGGCUUCGGGGAUGUUAGGGAAGCAGCCUGCGCCACCGGAUGACGAAGAGGAUGAUCCGCUGUUUGACGAAGAUCUUCCCGAGGAAUACAGGAAGGCCAACCUUAAUGCCCUCACCCUGCUGCAAUGGAUUAGCCUUUUCCUAAUUGUGUCCGCUUUGGCCUGUACUCUAGCCAUUCCCAAGUGGAAGAAAAUGAAGCUGAGAGGACUCCAGUUGUGGAAGUGGGAGGUCUUGGUUCUUGUUCUGAUAUGCGGUAGGUUAGUCUCUGGUUGGGGAAUUAGAAUAGUGGUGCUGCUCAUCGAGAGGAAUUUUCUUCUGCGCAAAAGGGUUCUGUAUUUCGUGUAUGGCAUAAGAAAGCCUGUUCAGAAUUGCAUUUGGUUGGGUUUGGUUCUAAUUUCCUGGCAGUGCCUGUUUGACAAGAAGGUUGAGGGAAGUAACAGCUUCCUACGGUUCGUUAAUAAGCUAAUGGUGUGCAUGCUGCUGGCAACAAUUCUAUGGCUGGUCAAGACACUGAUGGUCAAAGUCCUUGCCUCUUCAUUUCAUGUUAGCACGUUCUUCGAUCGAAUUCAAGAAUCACUGUUCAAUCAGUACGUUAUUGAGAUGCUGUCUGGGCCACCUCUCAUUGAGAUAAAGGCUAUUCAGGAGGAAGAGGAUAGGACGAUGGAUGAGGUUUGGAAACUUCAGAAUGCAGGUGCCACUCUGCCGCCUGAUCUUAGACCACCUGCUUUCCACUCUGCUAAGAGUGGAAAGUUGAGUGGAAAGUUGAUGGGAACAGCAGGACUACCCCCAAGGCCUUCAAGAACACUUAGUGUCAAGAUCUCCAGCCCAAUGGCCAAGCAUCAUGAUGACCCUGGUAUAACAAUUGAUGACUUGCACAGGCUGAACCCCAAGAAUAUAUCUGCUUGGAAUAUGAAGAGGUUGAUGAAUAUGGUUAGACAUGGGGUCCUGUCUACGCUGGACGAACAAAUUAUGGGCAGCUCUCACCAUGACGAAUCUGCCACACAGAUUAGAAGUGAGUGUGAGGCCAAAGUUGCAGCAAGGAAGAUAUUCAGAAAUGUAGCAAAACCCAGGGCUAAAUUCAUCUACCUAGAAGACAUGAUGCAUUUCUUGCGAGAGGAGGAGGCUUUGAAGAUCAUGAAUAUUGUGGAAGGAUCACCUGAAAGUGAAAAAAUCAGCAGGGCGUCCCUGAGGAACUGGGUGGUCAAUGCUUUUAGAGAACGGAAAGCACUUGCAUUGACACUGAAUGAUACAAAAACAGCUGUUAAUAAACUUCAUCAGAUGGUGAACGUAAUAGUUGGUAUCAUCAUCGUGAUUAUCUGCCUCGUAAUACUGGGAAUUGCAACAAGCAAGCUUUUGCUCUUCGUAAGCUCUCAGAUCGUUGUCGUGGCCUUCAUAUUUGGAAACACAUGCAAGACAAUAUUCGAAGCCAUCAUUUUCUUAUUUGUGAUGCAUCCAUUUGACGUUGGUGAUAGAUGCGAGAUAGAUGGAGUCCAGAUGGUUGUUGAAGAAAUGAACAUUUUAAAUACAGUCUUCCUGAGAUUUGACAACCAGAAGAUACUGUACCCAAACAGCACUCUUGCAACCAAACCCAUCCAUAACUAUUAUCGCAGCCCUGACAUGGGCGAUUCAGUUGAUUUUGUUGUCCAUAUUGCAACUCCAGCAGAGAAGAUUGCCAUUAUGAAGCAAAGAAUAAUCAGCUAUGUUGAGAGCAAGAAAGAGCAUUGGUACUCCUCUCCAACAGUCGUGCUGAUGGACCUGGAAGGCUUGAACAGGCUGAAGAUGUCGGUAUGGAUUAGACACAGAAUGAAUUAUCAGGACAUGGGAACAAGAUGGCAGAGAAGAGCCCUUUUGAUUGAAGAGAUGAUCAAUAUUUUUAAAGAGCUUGAUAUUGAUUACCGCUUGCUUCCCCUUGAUAUCAAUGUUCGCACCCUGCCUCCUGUUAACUCCAACAGGUUUCCCUCGACCUGGCCAACUUCUUCUAGCUGA